AUGUGGCAGCGGCUGCGUGGGAAGAAGGGCAACCGGGAGCUGUUACCGCUGCUUGAUGAUGCGUUGGAGGGGCAGCGAGGAACACACAGCACAGGCAUCUCGUUCACGUUUGACGACGACGAUGGCGAUGGCGAUGGUGACGGGCACAACAACGACGGCAGUCCUGUCGUUGCACACCACCAAAACGCACACCACCAAAACGCACACAACACAAACCCGGAACAACCGCAACCACAACAACCACCACAAGAACCACCACAAGAACCACCACAACAGCAGCAAGAGUCGCAGGAAGGCGUAGCAGGGGCACAGAUUUCAGCGCAGCAAAGAGGCGGCUUGUCGCCCGCCGCGCUUGCGACCACAUCACAGGCGCAAUCAACAGCACAGCACAAGUCAACAUCCCAGCAACCGCAGUUCGACGAAACCACGUCCUUGCUGACGAGCACCCCGGCUCGCCACCCGCAUGUGAGCAGGACCGUGUUUUAUCCAGCAGGGCCUGUUGACAGCGGCAGCGAGGCGUUCCAUCACCGACAUGCGCCUCCACGUGCGACCAUGCAACAUGAUGUGGUGGUGGUGCAGGACAACAGCGGCAGCAGCCCCAGCAGCACCGCCUACGCCCUGACAACACCUCCAGCCUCUGUGCCGCUGAGCGACUCCGAAGCCUGCUGCAUGUGCUGCUGUCCACCAGCGUUCUGGAUCGGCAAGGGCCAGUCGUCACACCCGACGACAAACGCGGAUGCAGCGCCUACCAUGAUGGGACCCCUGACGCCGGAAGAUGCGCUCGACGCUGCGCAGCGGGAGGCAGCGUUGCAGCUGGCCAAGAUGGCGUGGUCCUGGGCUGUCAGCGUGGUCGUCUGCCUUGGCAGCCUGGGCUUGCUGUGCGUUGGCGUGUUUGCUCUGAGCAACAACCUGCCUGCGAGUCUGUACUACGCGUUUCACCAGCAGGCGACCACGCCCGUUGCAUCGCCCACGUUCUGGUUUGUGCUGAACCUUGCCGCCAUCUUCGUGGUGCUGGACUUCAGCCUGCUCCAGCGCGCAGUGCACCACAUUGCGCACGUGCGCUACACAGCAUGGCGAACACGGCACAUGUCCCUCCUCGCUCGCCGCCGCAAACAACGUCGUGCCGGUGGUGGUGAUGGUGGUGGUGGCAAUCGUGGUGAUGGUAGUGGUGAUGUUGAUGAUGGUGUUGAUGGUGGUGGUGAUGAUGGCGGUGCUGGGGAUGAAGGGAUGACAGGUCAUCGCCGACACCGCAACGCCACUGAAAAUAGCAGCAGCAGCAACAACCACAACAACAACAAUAGGGCAUGGCCACAAUCGCGUAGCCUUGGAGAGGGUGGUGUCGGCGUCCAUGGCGGUGUUCGUCGUGGUCGCGGUGUGCAAACUGGGAUGGCGUGGGCCGUUGGUGCUCUGGCCGUCACGGGCAUUGCUGUGGACAUCAUCUUGCUUGCUGAUCAGGAGGACACACGCUGGGGAUACGUGGUGUCGCUGGUGCUGCGGCUGCUGUUUCGAAUGGCGAUGGUCGUCAUUAUUCCUUGCGUCAUCGAUACCAUGCCAUGUGAAGCCACGCCGCAGCAGAAACAGCGACAGCUGCUGCUGUCACGCGUGCGCGACGCUGUGUUGGUGCUGGGCCUGUUGUCUGCCCACCUGGCCAUGGUGAUCGAUGCAAUGGCAUUUGCAGUUGUGCUCAUGAUGGGCACGGCGCAGCCAAACCAAGACGGUGUUGGUGGUGGUGAUCGCGAGACGGGCGGCUGGGUGCCUGGUUCGCCCGGAUUUGUGGUCCUCCUCGGCACAUCGGUCCUCCCUCUGGCAAUGCAGUCCUACCUGUGUUUUCGAGCGCUGUACCGGCUGCUGCUGCGGGUGGAGGCGCACAUGCGCAUGUCGCCGUCCCUGCCAUGCAUUCUCGCGUGCGGCUGCUGCCUUGCACCCAUCGCCCCGACACUUGAAGGUGAUGAUGGUGAUGGUGGUGGUGAUGGUGAUGGUGAUGGUGGUGUGAGCGACGAGGUCAUUGGGCUGAGCAUGAUGUGGGGGAUGGCUUUUGGCGCUGUACCGCCACAUGCGCAGGUGAGCAGCAGCCAUCGCCACCACCACCAGCCCCUCCCACUGCAACAACACCAACACCAGCAGCAGAUGUUGAUGCAUGCACAGCCACCGGCAUACGCACCAUAUGGCGAGUGCGGCUAUCAACGAAGCGCCCUUGGUGGUGGUGGUGGUGGUGGUGGUGGUGGUGGAGAUAGCACAUACGACCACCUUCAUCGACCACACCAGCAGCAGCAGCAGCAGCAGCAGCAUUGGCAACAACACACUGGGGAGCAUCGCGUUGGGGCGGAUGGGCUGUUCGUUUGCGACGACACGACAAUGGCAACAACGGGCAACGGUGGGACGACGAUGACAACGGUGCCUGCUGCAAUGGUGAUGAUGGGUGAUAGCUUCCACAACAGGAUGCUGGAUGACACGCGCACAACGCAGCAUGACCGCACACAAGGAGCGCCCAAUGACGUUCUUGGGGCGCACUCCCUGCUGGCCUCAACCCCGCCAGCAACAACAACGGCAACAGCAGCACGACAGAGUGGUGAUGCUGGUGAUAGCAGUAUGCAACAAGAUGCUCGUGGUGGUGGUGGUGGUGUUGGUGUUGGCGACAGUGAUCGACUUCCUGCUGUACCCGUUCGCCGGUCGAAACGACACAAAGACAACAACAACAAUGAUGAUGAUGCUGGUGGCAGUGGCAGUGAUGGUGAUGGUGAUGAUGGUACUGGCAGUGGUGGUGAUGAUGAUGAUGCUGAUCCCGUGUACAUGGUCCCGGUCCGUGGAAAGCGAAGUGGCCGUGAUGGUGAUGGUGAUGGUGGUGGUAAUGGUGUUUGGUGGGCAAAGUUGUCGCAGAGCGCCGACACGUCGCAUGAGCACGAAUACGAGGUGCUGUCACCGCGGGAAGACAAUGGUGACGAUGAUGGCGAUAGCGGUGAUGAAGAGCGCGUGACGCGGUAUGAGACGCACGACUGGUCGUCGCCCUCAUCCCCAACGCGUGGUGCCGCGUUUGCACCGCCGCCACCCGAGAUGGUGGAGCAGGGUGGACACGUGGUACUGUCGAAGAUAGGGCACGAGGAGGACGAGGACAAGGAACACGGUGGUAGUGAUGAUGGUGAUGGCGAUGAAGCAGUGGAGUGA